AUGGAGGUUCUGCUGAUGAAAAUGCAAACAUCAGAUCCUAAUAAGAGUGAGAUUGGAAGAAAACUCCAACAAAAUGCUGAUUUGAAUUCACCAUCUCCUUGCCACGAAGACUUGGUGGAUAGAAAAGAGGAGGAUGAACUUGAAUCUGCAAAAGCUGAGAUGGGUGAGGUGAAGGAAGAAAAUGAAAGAUUGAAGAAGAUGUUGGAGAAGAUCCAGGAGAAUUACAAGUCACUUCAAUCAAGUUUCAAUGAAAUCCUUCAACAAGGAGCUACGAAGAAAUCCACAAGCUCAUUAGUUUCUUCAUCGCCAGAUAAUGUUCCAGAGCCUGAACUUGUUUCACUUUCCCUUGGAAGAAGUUCUUCGAUGGAGUCCAUAAAAGAUGAUCCAGAGCUCAAACCCAGUUUAACUCUUCGAUUAGACUCUAACUCUCGAUUGUCAACCCCUGGAAAUAGUUCAGAAGAUCAACAGAAGGAAGAUGGUGCAGCAGAAACGUGGCCACCAAGCAAGAUUCAAAAGAGAACGACCAGAAAUGGAGAUGGUGAAGAUCAACAAAAUCAUGUUAAGAGAGCUAGGGUUUCUGUGAGAACUAGAUGUGAUGCACCGACUAUGAACGAUGGAUGUCAAUGGAGGAAAUAUGGGCAGAAAAUUUCAAAAGGAAAUCCUUGCCCAAGAGCUUACUAUCGUUGCACAGUUGCACCAGGUUGUCCAGUAAGAAAACAGGUCCAAAGGUGUGCUGAGGAUACGUCAAUAUUAAUCACUACUUAUGAAGGGAAUCACAACCAUCCACUUCCGUUUUCAGCGAUGGCAAUAGCUUCCACCACAGCAGCCGCGGCCUCCAUGCUAUUAUCUGGUUCUUCAACUUCUCAACAAGGGCUCAAUUCAACAGCAACAGCUAAACUUUCAAAUCAAGUACUCAAUGGAUUCAACUUCAACCCCCAUGAUAAUUCAACAAGACAGUUCUACUUACCAAACUCAACCUCAUCACCUUCGUUACCAACAAUUACUCUAGACCUCACCUCUUCCCAACCCCCAUCAUCUAAUUAUUUCAACAGGUUCUCUUCAAACUUUCCCAGUUUCCCUUCUACAAGUCUCAACUUUUCUUCAUCAGAAUCCAACAUAUUGCCAGCAGUUUGGGGCAAUGGAUACUCCCGUUAUGGUGCACAAGUACCCUAUUAUCAAACUCGGACUGUGGACUUGAGCCUCGGGAAAGAGUUCCAAGACCAGAUUUACCAGUCUUUCUCGGGAAACAAUCAGUCUUUGACAGAAACCUUAACCAAGGUAAUCACAUCAGACCCAAGUUUCAGAUCAGUAAUAGCUGCUGCAAUUUCAUCAAUGGUUUGUAGCAGUGCAAAACCUGGAGACCCAGCUGAUCAAAAAGCUGAGAAAUUUGGUCAGAAUUUGAUGCAAGCCAUAAUUUCUCAAGAUGGGAAAGAUCAAUCAUCAUGUUCAUCAAGAUACUGUAAUGGAUUGGCAUCUUCUACUUCUCAAACAGGAAGUUCAUUGCUUCAGCCUUCAUUUCCUUUCCCCAUUUUCAACAGUGCCUUUAAACCAGAUUCUGAUGAUAAAGAACUCAAUAAUUAAUUGAAUAGAGAGGAAGGCGCUUUGAAAUUGUUAUACAUAUUGUUUUUUGCAAAUAAGAAUCAAUUGUGAAGAAUUUUCUUAAGUAAUUUAAAUUAGGCAAUUUCAUCCAUUGCUCCUCACUCUUUAUUAUAAUUUACUUUUACUCCUUAAUCUUUGAAUUUUUC